UCGGGCUCCGCGCCCCGCCCCGCCCCGCCCCUCCUGUUUGGGCCACGCGGCCGCCGUAGCCGCUUGGGGGGGGGGCGGCUCUGGGAGCAGCGCGCGCGGAUUCAAAUGGCAGCGGUUGACCAGUGAACGGAGCCGCGGCAGCUCAGGACAAUUAUCCACAAUGGAAACAGCAACUGCCUUCAAGACUCCUAACAAAAUAAUUAAUAGGAAGAAAUCUGGCAAUGGGCAAUGUGGACCUUCAGCUUCUGUGGUAAUUCCAGCCUCUCCUUUCAUGCAGAAGCUUGGUUAUGGAACGGGAGUAAAUGUUUACCUUAUGAAAAGAUCUCCUAAAGGCUUGUCUCAUUCCCCAUGGGCUGUGAAGAAAAUUAAUCCAAAAUGUGACAAUAAGCAGCAAAAUAUAUAUCAACAGAGACUGAAUGAAGAAGCCAAGAUUCUGAAAAACCUUCAGCACCCAAACAUUGUAGGAUACCGUGCAUUUACUCAGGCCAACGAUGGAAGCAUGUGCCUUGCUAUGGAAUACGGAGGAGAAAAAUCUCUCAAUGACUUAAUUGAAGAGAGAAAUACAAAACAUCAGGGCCCUUUUCCUGCUGCUACAAUUCUCAAAGUUGCCUUGAACAUGGCAAGAGGGUUGAAGUAUCUGCAUAACGAUAAGAAACUGCUCCACGGAGACAUCAAGUCUUCUAACGUUGUCAUUAAAGGUGACUUUGAGUCGAUAAAAAUCUGCGAUGUGGGAGUGUCCCUGCCACUGGAUGAAAACAUGACUGUGAGUGACCCGGGGGUGCUUUACAUUGGCACAGAGCCAUGGAAACCUAAGGAAGCUCUGGAGGAUGGUGGUGUUAUCACUGAUAAGGCAGACAUCUUUGCUUUUGGACUGACUCUGUGGGAGAUGAUGACCCUUUCCAUACCACAUCUGAACCUGCCUGAUGAAGAUGACGACGACGAUGAAGAGACAACAUUUGAUGAAGAUGACUUUGAUGAUGAGGCGUAUUAUGCAGCUCUGGGCACCAGGCCACCACUGAACAUGGAGGAGCUGGACCAGUCGUACCAGAAAGUGAUUGAAAUGUUUUCCAUCUGCACGUGUGAGGAGCCGAAGCAGCGUCCCUCUGCUGCACACAUUGUCGCAGUCUUGGAGGAAGACAUGCAUCACCAGUAACUGAUUUCAUAUCUCUGCGUUCUGAUGGGGAAUUCUUUAAGAAAUAACCUUUGCACUGGAUGAGUUUAUAGCAUUCUGUAGCUUUAAACAAAUAUUAAGCAUUUGAGAAAAACCUGGCAAAUUCCUUAAAACAGGUAGUGCUGAUGUGAAUUUGAAUAAAUAAAAUAUUGGCUUGUAA